CUUGUUUGUAUUGUUAAUUUAAUAUUUUAUCACUCAUGGCAGCAGAACAGAGAAAAUUAAUUGAGGAAAUGAUGGGGAGAGAUAGCUACUACCCAUCUUCCUCUUCCUCAUAUUCAUACAAUAGACCACAUAGAGAGAUUAAUUUAUUUGAUACCAAAAUAUGCAAGUCGUUUUUAGUUGGAACAUGUCCUCAUGAUUUAUUCAUUGGAACCAAAGAGGUGUUUGGUAAAUGCAAAAAAACUCAUUCAGAGAAGUUUAAGAUUUAUUAUCAGAAUCAGAAAAAGAAUUAUCUUAAUAAUUUGAAAAAUGAUAAUAAUGCAAAAGAUGGGAAAGAUGAGAAAGAUAAAAACAGUACUAAUGGCGAUAUUAAUGAAAAAGAAAAACAGAAAAUUGGCGAUAAAAAUGGACAGCCUCAAAAUAAAAUAGACAAUAAAGAAAGAGAUCAAAAAAUAAAAAGAAAUAACGAGAAAGAAAGAGAAAAUUACAAAAUUAAGAAAAUGAUUGAAGAAUUUGAGAUUGAGUAUAUUCGAGAUUUAGAAUACUAUAUAAAUGAAUGCAAUUUCAAGAUAGUUCAGGCGUCAGAGAAUUUAAAACAUACACCAGAAGAAGAAUUAAAGGUAUCCAAGUUAACUAAAGAACUAGAUAAUAUGGAUAAUAAGAUUGGGAUAAUAAUUCAAGAAAUUGAGAUAUUAAAUACUAAUAAUCAAGUGUUGAAAUCAAUAGUUGAGAGCAAUAAAUUAAAUGAGAUAAUUUUACAACGAAAAAAAUUUUCAAAGACAAUACGAGAUUUAAUUGAUAAUAUUGGUCAAGUUGGACAACAGAAAUUGGAAGUUUGUAAGACCUGUGGGGCGUAUCUAAGUAGAUUAGAUAGUGAUAGAAGAUUAGGGGAUCAUUUUAUUGGUAAGAUCCAUUUGGCAUAUGUAUUUAUGAGAAGUGAGUUAGAAGAAUUGAAGCUCAAGCAUGGAUAUCAUUCAAAUAAGAGACAGAAGAUGUAUUGACUAGUUAGUCGACCAGUUGGUUGAAUAGUUGGUUGACUGAUUGAUCAUUGAUUGAUUGAUUGAUUGAUUGAUUGAUUGAUUACUUAUUUGUAUAUUAUACUAUAGCAUUUUAUUUUAUUUUAUUGAUUUAAAAAUUGAUAAUUUUCAUCAUAACAUUCCACC